CCAGCAUCGCCACCAUCGCCACGACUAUCACCACCACCACCUCCAGCAUCGCCACCAUCGCCACGACUAUCACCACCACCACCACCUCCAGCCUCCCCUCCUCCGGCGUCUCCCACGUCCCGUCUCUCCCCGGGGGAGGAGCGGGAGGAGGAGGAGGCGGGUGGAGACUUUGGCGAGCCGGCGACAUCGCCGGGGACGGCGGCGGUGCCACCGGUAGACGAGGCGGAGAUCUGGUACAACCCCAUCCCGGAGACGGAGCCUCCGGGGUCCUUGGGAACGACGGUGCCCUCGGGAGAGGCGACCAACGACCGCGCAUCUCCGCCCACGAGCCCCGGCUUUUACCGCAGAGCGAAUCCGACAACAACAACAACAUCAACAACAACAACCGCCACCACCACCGCCACCACCACCGCCACCACCGCCACCACCGCCACCGCCACUCGAGCCAAGUCGCCGCGCGUCAGCCGCAAGAUCUCCCUACGUAUGCCCAGGCUCCCCGAGCUGGGCAGGAAGCUGAGCGUUCGCUCCGUCGCUUCAUCGCAGACGUCUGCCGAGCCGCUGUUGACGUCCGGUGGUGGUGGUGGUGGUGGUGGCGGUGGUGGCGGUGGUGGCGGUGGUGGUGGCGGCGACAGAGACGUUGGGAAUCCGAGCGGACGUUGUGUGCUGGAUGCGAGCGUCGCCGUUGGCGAAGGAGAGGUGGCAGCUGCUCCGCCGUCUCCGGCGAUGGCCAACUCGUCCUCGCCGUCGUCAUCAUCCGCCCCGACAUCAUCAUCAUCGUCAUCAGCAGCAGCAUCAUCAUCGUCAUCAGCAGCAGCAUCAUCAUCAGCAGCAUCAGCAGCAGCAUCACCAAGUCCCAACAAUAACAACAACGCAGCUCUCGCUGCAAGUGGGGCCAUCGCUGGCAGGGCCACUCAGAAUCUCUCUACUAGCCACAACAACCCCCCACUCUCUACUAGCCACAACAACCCCCCACUCUCUACUACCCACAACAACCCCCCACUCUCUACUACCCACAACCCCCCCACUGUCUACCCACAGCCCCCCCGCUCUGUACCCACAACCCCACCUGGCGGAGGCGGCGGUGGAGUUGACGGUGGUGGAGGGGGAGUUGGAAGAGGUGGAGGCGGUGAUGGAGGAGGAGGUGGAGAUGGUGGAGUAGUUGGUGGAGGAGGUGGAGAUGGAGGAGUAGGUGGUGGUGGAGGUGGUGUUAGUCGACGAGGUGUAAGAGUUGUAGGUGUAGGUGUAAGAGGUGCCGGUGCCGGUGGCGGCGGAGGCGGUGCAGCAGCUGUUCACCGGGCGACGCCGAUAGGCGCCGAGGUCAACUUCGAGGCGUUCCGUCCGUACCACGUGACAGAAGACGCUCCGGGCGCUGCCGCCGGUGCCGGCGGUGGUGCCGGUGGUGCCGGUGGUGCCGGUGGUGCCGGCGGUGGUGCCGGCGGCGGUGUGGCUGCGGCCGUGUCUGGCCUGGUGAUUGUUCACCUGUACGGCGCCGACAGCUUGCGACUGCCACGCAGGGAGCAGCGGGACUUGUGUUGUGCCAUCCAGGUGGACGGCUCAACCCGUGCCCGCACGGCCCGCCUCGAGACCCACGCCACCCUCAUGGACAUGGACCACUCCUUCACGCUGCAGCUGGAGUCAUCGGCGAGACUCCGCCUGCUCCUUCUCUCCUGGGAGACUCCCAGGAGGCUCUGUUGCCACGGCGACGUCGCCCUGGGUCACCUCUUCUCCCCCGCGGCCGCGGCGACGGGCGGCCCGCCGUUGCCGGCGGCGACGGUGGCCACGCAGCAGCAGGUUCAACAUCAUCAUCAGCAGCAGGUUCACCAUCAGCGUUGCCACCAGCUGGCUGUGCGCUGUGAGCCCCAAGGGGUGAUCUACGUGAAGCUGACACUGACGGGGGCAGAGGGGGGGGAGGCGGCGGCGGCGUCGGCGAGAGGUGAGGGAGGAUACACCAGCAUCAUUAUCUUUAUCGCGAUGGAUGCUGUGGGCGUCGACGUGGGCGGGGCCUCCGUGGGCGGGGCCUCCGUGGGCGUGGCCUCCGUGGGCGGGGCCUCCGUGGGCGGGGCCUCCGUGGGCGUGGCCAGACUGCCCCUGUUUGGCGUGGACCUGCGCCGCCUGGUGGAGCGUGACGGCAGCGGCCCGGGCGGAGUUCCCUCCGUCAUCCACGCCUGCGUCUCGGAGAUAGAACGCAGGGGGCUGCAGGUGGUUGGACUGUACCGUCUAUGUGGCUCUGCGCUCGUUAAGAAGGAGCUGAGGGAGAGGUUGGAAAGAGACGGACCUGGGGUGUCCAUCACGGAGGACGCCUACCCAGACAUCAACGUCAUCACCGGUAGUGCG